GUCGUUUAUUUUUUAGUGCAUUUUUCUACUCAUACUUUUUUGUUUAUUUCUUUUUCAAAUUACCCUUUCUUAGAACAUAACAGUUGUGUAUACUAAAAGAAAAGUGCCCUUAUACAUUUUAAAAGAAUCCCUUUAAUUAUUUAUUUUGUUUUUCUUUUCUUAUCAUAAGUGUUUUUAAACGGUUAAAAUUAUAUACGUAUAUAAAUUUGUAACAUAUAUAUAAAUGUUUUAGAUGUUGUGAAAAGGUUGCCUUUUACGCUACAAUAAUUUUUAUAACAGAAAAAUUUUUUCAAAAAUCAUCCUCAUACAUGUGUAAUGUACAAAACGUGGUAAAUCGAUAAUUUAUAAAAGGAAUCAAUUUUAAAAUUUUGUAAAUAAUUAAAAAAAUUGAAUAAAAUAAAUCAAAAUAAGAAAAAACAACAAUUUUAAAAAAAGAAAAAAAAAUUUUGUGCCUACAUAAGUGCAUAUACAAACUAAUUGAAAGCACAAAAUUUAUUAAACAUGACGGAUGCCGAAACGAUAAGAAAUCAAACGCCCCCAAGACCACAGUUUGUCGCACAACCAAUCCGGCCAAAUCCGCCACCCAGCAAUCUACAGAGCACUCCUGCUAUAAAUCAAAUCAGACCACAAUUACCAAAUCCCCAAAUAAGUACAAACGGGCAGUCACCAAGGCCAGCUCCACCACAGCAAUUACGUAGAGCUGAUAGUAAAGGUAAUAUAAUAAUGAGUGUACCGAGUCAACCACCGCAGCCUAGACCACAAGCACAAUCAAUUAACAUGAAUGCUAAUCGGCCUCCAGCGUCUAUAAAUCAAAUGCUCAGUAGCGGGGUUCCACCAAGACCCCAAAUACCACUUAAUCCUCAACAGCAAAAUCAAAUGAGGCCAACUAUGCAAUUAGGUGGCCAGCAACAAAAUCCACAAACACGUCCACCAUAUCCAUCAGGUAGUGGUGGUCCAAGAUUACCAGGUCAACAUCCAGUUACGGCACCAAAUCAACCACCAUACAGGCCACCAACAACAUUCCAACAACAACAGCAACAACAGCAGCAACAACCAUAUCAACAACAACAGCAUCAACAACAACCUAAAGUAAUGCCAACUUUAACAAGGGGUGAUUCAAAUGCUAGUAUGAACUUUGAUCCAGUGAAAAAUCAAAUGAACGUAACUAACAGCAAAAUAACAUAUCAAAUAAAUGAAGGGGAAGAUAACUCGGUCACCAUGACAAAAGUUAUAACACCAGUCAACAAUAUGGUCACUUUGAAGCAAUAUGCACCAAGUUCCCCAGAAGAUACACCUCGUGAAAAAAAAGAUUCAGAAAAAAUUGUUACUCCAGUUGAAGAACCACCAAAAGUUAUUCAACAGAAAACAUAUACGGAAUUAAAAAAAAAAAAGGGAGACAACGAUAGUGGAGUUGAUGAAUCAACUCAAGAAAAGGAUCGUAAUGGACCUGGUUCACCUAAUUCACCAGUCAAAUCACCAACAAAGCCACAAUCUGGAUUAUCAAGACCACCAAGUGCAACACCAUCAAACAAAUCUAGAAGUGCAUCUAGAUCACGUCUUUUGGCUAAAACUCCAGAACCAGAACCAGUCAAAAAAGUACCCAUGAAUAAAAUUAAAGUUGGUUAUGCUCCAUCACCAGAUUUAAAAUCAGUUCGAUCAAAGAUCGGUUCUUUGGAUAAUUCAUCAUAUAGACCAGGAGGUGGGCAAGUAAAAAUUGAAACAAAAAAAGUUGAAAUCAAAGCAGCUCCAAGGAUUGAAGCGAAAAAUGAAAAAUAUACACCAAAAGGUGGAGAUAAGAAGAUAGUAACAACAAAAUUAAACUGGAAUGCAAAAUCAAAAAUUGGGUCAUUGGAAAAUGCAAGUCACAAACCAGGAGGUGGUGAUAAAAAAAUUGAAACGUUGAAAACUGAUUUCAAAGAAAAAGCGAAACCAAAAGUAGGAUCUAAGGAUAAUGUUAAGCACAUACCUGGUGGUGGUGAUAUUAAGGAAAAAUCCAAGGAAACUAAUUCACCAGAAAUACAAACGCAAAAAAUAGAAGUUAAGGCACAAAGUAAGAUCGGAUCAAUGGACAAUGUUAAACACAAACCAGGUGGAGGCGAUAAAAAAAUUUUUGACGAUAAGGAAUAUUUAAAAAAUAUUGAGCACCAUGUUGCACUUACACAACCGUCACAGUAAAUUCUUGAAUAUUCCUUCAAAGAAAAAUAGUCCAGUGCCAUCGGUCAAUGAAAUGACAGAGUCAUCAGGUACUGAUGAAAAUCUUAACAAACAACAACAAAGUUAAAUUUUUUGCAACAACAGAAUAAUAUUUAUAUAAAUAUAUUUGUAUAAUCCAAAAUUAAAUAAAAACAUUUUUUAAUUACUAAUUAAAAUAUUUUUUUAUAUUAAGAAGAAAAAUAAAUAUUAUACAAAAAUUUUAUCAUUGAUGUUUUGAAUAUUAAAAAACAAAAUUUUUAAGAAAACAAAUAAUAUAUGAGGAUUAAAAAAGAUUAAAAGUUACAUUUAUUUCUUGUUUGUAUUUUUCUUUAAUAAAUAAAAAUAAAUUUUUAUCACGUUUAAAUUUGAGUAAUAUAAUUUUUGCUAUUUUCAUUAUUUUGUGAAAUUAUUAUUUUUGUAACAGUAAAAAAUUUUUUGUAUUAGAAAUUAAAGAAAAACAAAACCCUUACUUAACAUUUUCUUUUUUUUAUCACUUUAGUCUAUGCAUAUUUUUUUCAUUUUGAAUCUUUCAAAUAAUUAUAUACAAAAUUUUUUACACAAAAAUAUGCAAUUUAAAUAAUUCCAAUUGCGCACUUCUAAAGAAGAAA